UUGAUAGUUAAGAUGAAGUUCAUCAAACUUCGAGUAAAUGCAGUUGUUAGGUAAGCAUUAGAAAAAUUGACAAAGGAUUGACAACUGCACGAGUAAAUGACAAACAGAGUAUGGAAGGGCAGUUGUCAUUUAGUGCUCAAUUGCUUUCUUUUCUCACAUCAAAAAUCAUUGAAACCUCUCAUUGCAAUAAACACUUCUCUUUCUCCCUAUAAUCAGAUAAGAAAGAAUCCAAUGGCCAUGCCUGUUCUUUCGAGAUUGGAUCGCCUUGAUCAUCUGCUGCAGUUUCUCGAGGAAAAGCAGGGUUUAUCGAGCAGCCCAAGAAAUAAUGAAAACCCCAAACACAUUGAGAAUUUCAAGACGAUUUCAUCAGCACUCGAGGAAAUUAAUCGAAAAGGCACCCUGAUGGAAAGACUUGACAUUCUUGAGGACAGAGUCUUAAAGUUGAGUAUGUUCAUGGACAUUAACAAUAACAAUAUAUCGAAGUAUUGGAGUUUGAGUCCAACUGUUGAAGAUGUUUCUGAAGAUUCAGAUCAUAGUGCCGAGUCCUCCUCCAUUCCUAAUGUCGAGAAAUUGAAUAAUAAUAAGGAAGUGUCUAGUUUUCAAGGUUACGAGAAAAUUAAAGCAACAAGGAAGGGAAGGAAUGGGAAAAGAAAAGUGGUUGGUGGGUUACGUCGUUAUUUUCAUAUGGGAUGUUAGUUAGAUUAUAAUGAUCAGUUGUUGUUUUUGUCUUCUCAAUGUUAAUUGUGUU